AUGAGGUUUACGCAGCUCCUCAUCGCGGCGGGCACGGCAAGCCUUGCUCUUGCUGCACGCCUCAAGUCCAAAACUAAGAGAACCUCGGUCUUCCAAUUUGGCUCCAAUGAAUCCGGAGCAGAGUUCGGAAGUGGCACCAUCCCUGGUGUCCCGGGCAAAGAUUGCAUCUGGCUCAACACGACCGCCAUUGGCAUCAUGAAGGAAGCAGGGACCAGGGUUGAACAUCUUCCGUGUGCCAUUUCUCACGGAGCGUCCUCAACAACAUCAUUGGAGGCCCUGAUGAGGUGUACAUGGCUGGUCUGGUCUCUGUAUACCAACUACAUCACAUCAACUGGCGCGUACGCUCUUAUCGACCCCAGAACUUUGGCUGAUACCGAGAAUGAAAACACUAAUAGAACCAGCUAUGGCGAGUUUGCCUAUGAGUAUUAUCUGAAGGUUUUUGGAGCCAUAUUUUCCAAGGUAGAGUUAUACGGCAACGUCGACGGGGAGGGAGACUGCUACGGCGACUGCUUUGAGUACGAGCUCGACAACAGGGUUGCACAGUACUGGGGUCAAUGGGGUCGUUAG